AUGACAGCAUUCCAUUUACCGGGAAACCUAAACGGCAUCGCAGAUUACCUAUCAAGGGGAAGACCGGUGCUCGAGUGUCAUUUGCUUCCACCUGCCACGGAGGCAAUAUUCAGAAGAUGGGGAACUCCCGAGGUCGAUCUCUACGCAACAAAAGAGACUGCUGUUGUCACAAAGUACGUGACGCUGGACUUGGACUGGAGAUGGCUCGGCGCUUUUCUACGACGCCUUCAGUCGAGGAUGGAAAUUCCGAAUAGCAUGGGUAUUCCCAUCUCCGAGUAUGAUACCCAGGGUCUAAACAAUGCAGUAGGGACAUAU